GAAAAUGAAAGUUGAUCACUAACAACGCCAAAUUGACAAAAAAUCCACCUUUUUGUUACCAGAUAUGAAAAAACCAUUUUGGGGUCCUUAUCUUUCGAACAGACAGUGGGGAACUGUUAGAGAGGAUACUAGCUCCGAUGGAAACAGCUGGGAAAGUUUUAGAUUUGAAGAAGCUGGGAAAAGAAGUUAUAAAUAUGGAGAAGAUGGCAUGUUUGGAUUCUGUGAUUCCUCAGGCACUUUAAUCACGAGGCUGAGUUUAUGGAAUCACAAGGACGAAAUUCUGAAAGAGAGAUUCUUUGGACUCAGUGGACCUCAGGGUAACCAUGGUGAAGACAUAAAGGAAGUGUUUUAUUAUUUGGAUGGGCUUCCAGAUCACUCGUACAUGAGGGCUUUGUACAGAUAUCCCCAAAAUGAGUUCCCCUAUGAUGAACUCGUACAGAUGAACCUGGAGAGAAAUCAAGAAGAACCUGAGUUUGAACUCACAGAUACAGGAAUAUUUGAUGACAAUGAGUAUUUUGAUGUAAUGGUGGAGUAUGGGAAAGACCCAGAGAAUGAGAGAAAUCUUGUGUGCUGUUACACAAUCACCAACCAUUCUGACCAAUCAACAGAGCUUACUGUUCUCCCUCAGUUUCUGUGUAAAGAUUACAAGCCGAUUUCAUUGGCCCAGGAUGGCAAAACAGUUAGAGUGGACUAUUCUAAAGGAAAAUUCGGUAUCAGGGUUGACUGUGACCAAGAUGUGUACCAAAAUAAGAUAUUCUUGGAAAAGGAAAAACAAUUUACAGAUGUUAUUUGCACAGGUAAAAAAGAAGAAGAUGAUCCCAGCUGGCAAGACAUUGAGAAGUUUGGCUGCCAGAUGAAAAUGACUGUCAAACCCCAUGAUUCCAAACAAAUUUUUUGGUCCUUGUUUGAAGAAAGGAAGGAGCCAAAAUCUUCACCAAAGGACAUUAUUGACAUCUGUAAGAAGAAUGCAGAGGAGUUUUAUAACAAACUUUUACAUAAUUUCUCACCUGAACAAAAACUGGUGGCAAGACAGGCAUUUGCUGGACUCCUUUGGAACAAGCAGCUGUAUUAUUAUGAUGUUCAGGGUUGGAGAAGAAAUCUCGAUGAGUUUCAUCUGAACCAGUAUCAGUGGCUUUUUCCAAAUGGUAGCUGUACAAUGGGGAACGUUAAAAUUCUAAUGGAAUCCCCAUGCUGUGAUUUAAUGAAAGAAAAAGAAUAUGAAGGAUUUGUUGCUAAACAUAAAUUUCAUAUAUUGAAGCAACAAUGGCUGGACAAAAGAGAAAAUAAGAGAGCGUACUGGGAUGUUUUAUGUCGCAAUAAAGACUGGGCUCAUGUAUCCGGCUAUGAUGUGUUAGCUGUUCCAGACAAGUGGGAAUUUCCCUGGUUCGCCACAUGGGAUACAGCCUUUCAGAUGUUGCCAUUUGCCAGGCUGGAUCCAGAAUUUGCCAAAAAUCAACUUCUAUUAUUUCUGAGUGAGAGAUUUAUGAAGGCCAAUGGACAGAUGCCAGGCUGUGAGUGGGAUAUGGACCUGCCCUUCCCUCCAGUAUAUGCUUGGUCAUGUUAUGAUGUGUUCUCCAAGACAGGACAUUCAGACAAAGAAUUCUUAAAGCAAAGUUUCCAGAAAUUACAGCUGAAUUUUCAGUGGUGGCUCAAGUCAAUGCAGUUUAGAAACAACAGAUAUCUCUUUACUGGAGGGUUUCUGGGAAUAGACAACAUCAGUGUUGUAGACAGGUCAUUCCAUCUUAAGCAGGGCCAUCCACUGAAACAGGCAGAUGCCACAGGCUGGAUAGCCUUCUUCUCUCUCUCCAUGCUUGAAAUAGCAAUGGCAUUAUCCGCAGAGCCUGGAGCAGACCACAAAUAUUACAGGGCAGGUGUCAAUUAUCUGGAGAAAUUCAUAUCAAUUUCAGAAGCCUUGAACAAAAGCAUUAAAGAUGAAGGUUUGUGGCAUCCCCAUGAUAAAUUCUACUAUGAUGUCAUAGAAACAGAUUCAGGGGACAGAACUCCCAUUGCCCUGCGUUCCCUGGUGGGCAUUAUUCCAGCACUGGCCUGUCUGAACAUCAAAAUGUCUUCUCUCAAAAACAAAUCAGGGAAGAAGCUACUGAAACAGCUGGAGAAUUUGAUACAGAAGAAUUCACCUUUUGUAAACAGAAAUGAGGCUGGGGACUUUCUUCUCUGUGCAGUGCCCAAGACUAGACUUCAUAAUAUUCUGAGACAUCUCACGGAUGAGGAAGAAUUUCUUUCUCCAUUUGGAAUAAGAUCUUUAUCAAAGGUUUAUGAAAUGGAUCCCUACAGUCUUAACGUUAACAAAGAGGUGCAAGAAUACCUGGAUUUGGAUGAAAAGACAGAACUGAAGAUGACAUAUGCUGCAGCUGAAUCUGACACAGCUAUGAUGGGGGGAAACAGUAACUGGAGGGGCCCAGUCUGGCUAUGUAUGAACUUUCUGAUUGUGGAGAUGUUGUUGAAGAUGGACAGUUUCUAUGGAGAGAAAUUCAAAAUGAUCCAUCCCUCUUUAUCUGGCACUGCCAUGAGGCUAGGUGAAAUGGCUAGGGAGAUCUGUAAUAGAGUGUCCAGUCUCUUCACUGUGAACAUAAAAACACAAUCCAGACCUUGUCAUGGGAGCUAUGAGAAGUACAGACUUGAAGAAUCUUGGCGGGAUUCGGUGUUAUUCUAUGAAUACUUUGACAGUGAGACAGGCAGAGGAUGUGGUGCCAACCAUCAGACAGGUUGGACAGCAUUGAUUGUGGAGUUUCUAAAACUGCAGAUGCAGCAUGAAGACUCCUACACCAUAGAUAAAUGAUGCUGUCAUCUUGUUCAGCUCAGACUUCACUAACAUCAGUGCAGGACAUGGCACAUCUUGUUAUAUUAUACUUUCAUGUAAAUUAGUUGAAUCUGAUUCGUCGAGAAACAUUUGUUAAAAAACACUAUUACCCACUGAAUAAUGAAGCCUCGCCCUCCAGCGUAGCAACAGUUAACAUUGAUUGACGACCUGUGAUAUUUCAAAAAAUAUUGACUGCGCAGAAAUUAUGCUUGUAAGGUUCACUGUAAUAUGUAUUUGUAUAAAACAUUCAGUAUAAUAUAAUAAAUAUUGCAUGUAAUUGAGUGUAACAUUGAAAAUUUUCACCCCUUGAAAACCAUUGUCAACCUUGG